AUGGAUCGGCCGUCGUCUUCGAAGUCGUUUCGGCCGGCAGCCGCAGCCGCAGGGGGAUGUCUUCGACGGGCAGCUUCCAGCUUGGCAAUUCAUGCCAUGUUGUUUGGAUGCUGCUGGCACACCUUCUUCUGCUUCAUCGGCUCCGGUGCGCAGGUUCCCGGCCUUAGCUUGGCUGGGACAGUGGCGGCGGCUAUCCUGGCUGGCGAGUGUCGUUCCCGGAGCAAGAUGCCUCAGAGAGUCCGCGAACCCAGGCGUGGGACCCAGGACAGCGGAAGCCCCGAAGGAGAGGCGAGGAUGUUGACGAGUCGGAUCACAAAGACUGACUCAGCUGCAGAGCUUCUGGAGCUGCUGGGUAAGCAAGAGCAGACCAGGAUUUUCAACGAGUACCACGUCACAGCGUCCAUGACCAAGCUCGCAAAACUCAAGAGGAGGCGUCAGCUUCGCCAAGCGGACACGAGGAGCCCUGUGUGGGCCAAGCUUGCAGCUCGGCUGCAAGAUAUGCUCCAGCAAGACGUGCUGUCGCCACGCAGCACUGCCAAUGUAUUUUAUGCAGUCAGUGAGCUUUACGACGAAAUGGGGAAGCACAUGUUGCAAGUACUGCCGAUGCUGUCCGAAGCAGUGCGGGUAAAGGCUACAGGAAUGGUAGAGCAAGCACUUUCCAACUGUUUGUUGGCAGCUGGCAAACUUCAUGACGCAGCACCAGAGGUGCUGAUUGCUGUGCCAGAACUUUCGGAGCAGAUUCGGCGCAAGGUUGCGUCAAUGAAUUCUCAAGAUUUAUCCAACUGCAUUUGGGCAUCUGCGAAGCUCCACGAUGCGUCACCACAAGUGUUGGAUUUGGUGCCAGCCCUUGCAAAACGCAUAGCAAACAAGGUGCAAGAUAUGAUUUCUCAAGCAUUGUCCAACUGCCUUUGGUCAGCCGCGAAGCUCCAAGAUGCAUCGCCCGAGGUGUUGGAUUCGGUUCCAGCGUUGGCAAAGCAUAUAGUCGACAAGGCCAAGAGCAUGCGUGCCCAGGAAUUGUCCAACUGCCUCUGGGCAGCUGCAAAGCUCCAAGAUGCAUCGCCAGAAGUGCUGGCUGCGGUGCCAGCCCUGGCCAAGCACAUACCGGACAUGCUCGAUGACAUGGUGCCUCAAGCAUUGUGCAUCAGCUUUUGGGCAGCUGCCAAGCUGAGGCAGACAUCGCCAGAGGUUCUUGAUUUGGUUCCGGAGCUGAUUGUGCGCAACGGUUUGGUAGUCAGAAGCUUCGCACCAGAAGGGCUGAGAAUGUCACUUUGGGCGGCACAGCAGUUUGAGAAGCACGAGUUGGUGGCCAAGCUCCAGGCAGAAGGCAACCGCCGCAAGCGCUGA